UUAUUUGAGAUUCAACUUGCACCGGCAUAGCCUUUCCACCUAAACAAGUGCUAUCACCACAUGUUCAUGCAACGCAUUAGCUUCCGGGUUGCCUUUUCCGCGUCCAGAUUCACUCGACCGCCGUGUAGCCGCAUUCAAAGCUACAUGACCGUAGCGCCGAUGGGCAAGCCAGGUCGGCCGAAACGAACAUUGCCGCCGAGUGUGAAGGAGAGCAGCAUCAUAAGCAGCGUCGAGAGCGAAAUGUCAUGUUCAACAACGAAAGCAACAGAACCCAACCAUGAAAGUCAGGCCACAGUCUUUCAGCAGAACAUCGAUAAUCUAGAACUUGUUGAUUACAGCCAAACACACAAAUUGUUUUGCACAAAAAACCCAGUAGAGACGAAUGCCAUAAUCCGAAAAAUGAUAAAAGAAGGGCAAGUGUUCGGAUUAGAUCUGGAAUGGCGACCAACGUUUAUUAAAGGAGGAAAGGAAAAUAAGACUGCAUUAGUGCAGCUUUGCAAUUCGAAAUCAAUAUUGAUAAUACAGAUCUCUAGGAUGGGAGUGUUUCCUCACGAGCUGAAGAGUUUAUUACAAAAUCGAAAUAUACUCAAGACAGGUGUCAACAUCAAAGGCGACGCUCUCAAGUUAUACCGGGAUUUCCGAAUAUUGACAAAUGGACUGGUCGAGCUUGGUACUCUUGCUCGUGCCACCCAUGCCGACGAAUUACAAGGGUACAAGGGCCUAUCUUUACGUCUGUUGUGUGCUAUAUUUCUCGGCAAAUCUUUACCAAAAGGCACAACUCGCAUUAGUAGAUGGGACGCACCAACCCUCAGUAGCAAGCAAAGACAAUAUGCUGCUGAUGAUGCAUAUGCUUCCUUUGCCGUAUACCAAGCUAUUGAUGAUCGUGGAAAACCAAGUUCAGACAGUCAUGUACAUAUCAGCCAUCUAGCCGACGACAAAGUGGGAGAAAAGUAUAAGCGAGGAGGAGAUUCUAGAAAGUCCAAACCGUCAUCUUCCCAUACCGUAAGCUCUGUCGAAAAGUCUUCAUACAGGAAUGCAUACCAGAUUUUAUAGAAGAUGAAGAGCAUCAAAGGGUCAUUGACGAAUCAAUAGCGAUUCAAGAGAGAAGCACGGGCAUGCCAUUUACAACUACAGAAGUGCUGAGAAAGAAACAAACCUAGCGUAAUAAUUGUAGUGUAGUGCAUAGCAUAGAUUGAUUACAGCAAUAUUUGUACAAUUUUGUUUAUA